AUGCUGCGCAACGACAUUGACUAUAAAGAUAGCCCACAGCUGAGUCGAGCAAAUGUCGGAGUGUCACAAAUCAGCGUUCCACUAGCAUGGAACGGAGAUCAACACUUCAAAAGCAAAGGGGAAACUUGUGUCUAUUCAAUGUUCGUCGUUCUACAAACAAAAUCUCGAACGGUCGAUUCGAGAACGGUGACAAACGUCGAUCGAACGAUGACUGAUGUCGUGUUCCCUGAGUCGUUCAUAUUUGAAGGCGAACCAGACGAUUUCUGCAUAGAGAUCACACUAUAUGCAGCCAGAACGGACCUAGGUCUAUACCACGGAGGAGGAGGCUUACGAACGAGAAUCACUCGGUCGUUAGGAAGACGAUUUGGUGGACAAGUGAAGUCAAGUUUGAGUGCAAUGGAUUCGCCGAAUAUACCGGGUGAACCUACUAUCGGUGGUACUCACUUCAAUAUGCUCGCACGUGCAUAUCUCGUCCUCACCGAUGCUGGUGAUGAGUGCAAGAUUCAUGAUCUCAAAAUGUCGGCUUUCGGUAAGUACCCGUUCAGAAUUGAGAUUCUAUAG